AUGCUGCUGUGUCGGGCCCUUUUUCUAUCAUCAGUAACUGCGAUUGAGCGAAGAACGGAUGUAGAAUGCCAAGAUCAAGAAAUUCAUGACAAUUGCUUGACCGGUUGUCGACUCGUUUACAUCGACUGUCUGUCGAACUGUGAAUCAUCGUUUUGCAACAGCGAAUGCUUGCUCGAAUUCCAAGACUGCGAUGCCUCCUGUCCUUGUGGCUACAACUGUCCCUCUGGAUGCAAAGACUGUGUCGACCAUCCUCUUUGUGGCUCUGCUUGUGAAGAUCCUCAAAUCAACAAUGAUGAGUAUCGAUUGUGUGUAAAUGAGGAAAUCUACCAGCUGGAUUUGUGCUUGAAAGACUGUACCGCGGAUUUAAAUUGCCAUGAUUCCUGCUACGAGUCUUACAGAGAAGGCGUUUUACGGUGCCCAUGCAUGGAAGGGAGUUCAACAACGACCACUUCUCCUGCAACAACGACAGACUCCGGACCUAUUUCGCCUAGCGAUAUUUUUAUUCUUUCCAUUUUGCACGAUGUCGAGCUAAGCUAUCUCAUGAAUGGGGAUGGGUCGUCGAAUUUUCCUGCUAAUAUAACUCAACAGAUGCAAGAUCAAGUCACCUACUCAAAGCAUGCGAUGAUUCAGGACACUCUUUAUAUCUUUGGAACGCAAACCAAAAUCGCAAAACUUGAUGGUUGCAAUAUUGUCGAGCUCGCACAAAAAUUACUCUUCGAUCGAUCCGAGCAUACGGAAGCUUUGUCCAUUGAUGAUGGAACGAGAGCACUGAUUUGCUUCGCCUAUACAAAUUACCAGAAUUUGCCCGUUUGUGAGAUAUUUGAUGGAGAGGCCUCUGAAGUCACAUUCAACUCGUCCGCUACCCAUCUUCAUGGAGGUCUUGGUUUUUAUAAAGGGCAGCCAACAACAACCGGAUGCCACAGAGAAAAACAUCCAAAGACGGAGACUUUGGGCGUGAAUGGGUGGACAGAUUUACCUGACUUUCCAGAAAAACCGGAAGCUUGCCAUAAUCUUAUUGGUUUGCGGAACGGUGCAAUGAUUCUUGUUGGCGGAUAUUCUUAUACGCCUCGAAUUUGGCAAUUGAAAGAUGAAACAUGGACGAAACUUGGCGAAUUAGAAAUGGAACAUGGACUUGGAUCCGCAAUUUACAUCAACAAUUACAUCUUUGUCUACCCAGGAGGUCCGGCCAAUGACGCUGGACAUGCUGUUCAACGAAUCGAUUUGACAGAUGAAGAAGAGUUCAUCUCAUCAGAAAUCAUUGGAACUCAUUCUGGAUGUGUCGACAAUGUCAACAACGAAAACGGCAUCGUCAAAGAUGUCGACAUCGACAACAAGAGCAACAAGAACCGCUAUGCCAACAGAGUCAUCUUCAACACAAUCAACGUCGACGGAGACAACAAUAUAUUAUGA